GGGCGGGGGACGAGUCUCCUGUCUCGUGUUUUGACGCUGAGCGCCCAAGCAGUGCAGAGUCGCCUCUCCGGUCUAAUCUGGAUUACGGGUCCGUGGGACUUCCAAUAAUCACAUUAUUCCUGCGUUGACUCCUCCUGAAGGGGAAGGGAAGAGGCGACGUGAACCGACGCGUUUAUUCUACAAACUGAACCGUGAAUUUAGAUGCAACCUACUGCGGAGUCGGGACGAUUUUUUUUUUUUUUUUUUUGCAUAGAAGCUUAGAUACAAUCCAAGUAAAGUUAAGUGAGCAUGUUAGUUGCCCGAGGCUCGUUGGUCUGUGCGCGUCCCCGCGCUCUGCAGCGUGUGCACUGAGCACUGCAGCCCGAAGCACUUGAAGCGCAUUUCUGCACAGACCUCACAGACUAGAAAGCUGACAAAUCCCUGCUGACUCCGUACUGCACAGAGCAGCAGAGGUUUUCCUCUCCCUGUCAGCUAAAAGCGAUCCAAAUUGACUCCGAAGGAGGAAUGGAUUGAGCAUUCGAUAUGACGAAGUAUAAGCUACCAGAGGAGCCUGUUACAAGUUUACAUGCACUUACAGACUCCCAGCGCUAGCGUCACGGGCCAUGUUUCCAGGGACUCUGUUUGGUGCACCACAUCCUCCCGAUAGCUCCUGAUCCAGGGCCAGCAUCUUCAGCCUGGGUGGUAACGAUGAAGGUCCCACCGUGAUAUUCUGCAAAGACAAACAGAGGAGCCAGCCGGACUUCAGCCUGGGGAUGGAAUUGGACCUGAGCCUAAGUCACCACUCCCAGCCUUCCUUUCUGCAUCAGUCCCCCUCGUCCCCGGGCUCGUUAGCGGCUCUGUCAGCAUCAUCGGCAGACCCGCUUGUCGGCACCAACCUCGUCAAAUCUUCCUCCACGGACCUGAAGCCCCGGGAGGGCGGCUCCCUGCGGGGCAAACCUCUCCUCAGCCUGGUCAAGUCUCUGAGCACCGAGAUUUCCCGCCGCGUCGAGCCGGAGGUCAACCUCUCCAAGUCCGACUCCAAGCUGCAUCUGCAUCCCUGGAAGCAGCUCAGCCACCCAAAAACCCCAGAUGUCAGACCUGCGGCAGAUGGGCUGAACGAGGGGGACGACCGGGCGUCGCCUCCCGCUGAGCCUUGCGGCAGCUCGCUGAUCGCUGAGCUGGAGGACACGCGGAGAAAGUUCUCCGAGGCCAUGCAGGAUCCACUGAGCAUGCUGAGUAAGAUCAUGGGGGACGAAAGCUCCGGCAGGACUUCUGCUGCCACAGACUCGCCGUCCUCCCAGGGUAGCUGUGGAAGAGACAGCCCCAGCGAGGAUGCGGACCUCAGGUGCCGAAGAAGGGCUGAAGGUGAGCUCAGAGGUGCGUUUGACACACCGCCGAGGGGACUCCCUGGGGGCUCCUUGACAGGAUCUCCCGUCUCGCUGGAACGCCAUUUAGAAAUCUGCACUAACGGAGAUGCGAAACAGGCGCCGGAGGUCCAGAGUGCGACACACCCUAGAACCAACACCCAGCCUCGGGUCCUCGUGGCGGGUUCGUCGCUGCCUCUGCACUGGCUCGUCCCCGUGGGCCUCCUGGCGUAUGGCUUCUUUGUGUUGCCCCUGCCCUCCUAUGUGACGGGCCUGUCCGCGGGGGUCGCAUGUGGAUUCUUUUUGGGCCUGGUGGUGGUGUUCGCCUUUGCUCCGCGGCGCCCGUCGGCCAGAACCAACAACAGUUUGGGCAAAACCAGGCACCCCAACGUGGAGCCACCAGACGGAGAGCCCACAGACCCGGAAAUCCUGGAGGGAUGGAUGAAUGAGACACAUGGCUACGACCCUGAGACCUUCCACCCCUCCGUCACACACUCGGUCUACGUCACCCUGGAGGGCGGCCAGCUGCGCCUGGCGUACCCGCGCGCCAACGUGCCCCGCUGGGCGGCGUUCGGCGACACGCCCCACGAGGCCGUGUUUUUGCGUUAUCGCACUUACUCGCUGGCUAACUGUAAGGUGUCUCUGUUGCCGCCCGGUUUGGCUCGCAAGAGGAUCUGGAACAAGAAGUACCCCGUCUGCGUCACUCUGGCCGAGGGGGAGGUCGGGAAGGAGAGUUCGGUCGAAGGGAAGGAGGAGGAGGAGGAGGAGGAGGAGGAGGAGGAGGUAAGAGCAGAGAGACACGUGGUCCCGGACCACCAUCUUCCUGUCACCUUGUACCUGUUUGGCCGCACGGGAAGAGAGAAGGAGGAGUGGUUCCAGCACUUCCUGUCUGCCUCCCGGGCUGAAGCCCGGAGCAGUGUGAGCGGGGAGGAGAACGUAGAAACACAGUGCGCUGACGACGCUACGAGAGAAGGCCCAGAGGAGCUGCUCGAUUUCCCCGGGGGGCUAAAAACAAGGACGCUGUUGGAGUAUGGCACCUACAUGGCUCAAGUGAUUGGCCCGCAGAGCUGCAGUCCCACCCUCAGCCCCUGCCACAGUGACAAAGGAAGCCCCACAGCCCGCACAAAGACUCGUGAUGAAGAGCAUGGAUCUGGAGGUGAAGCGGGAGAGGAGCUCUGUGCGGGUUCAGUGCCAGAGGAACGUCCGGCGGGGGGGCAGCCCACCUGGGUGAACUCCAUGGUGGGACGGAUCUUCUGGGACUUUCUGCGGGAAAAGUACUGGACCAAUCUGGUGGCACAAAAGAUCCAGAAGAAACUCAGCAAGAUCAAGUUGCCGUACUUCAUGAACGAGCUGACGCUGGCAGAUCUGGACAUGGGCACAUGUCUACCUCAAGUCCUCAGCACCUCCACACCGAAACUCGACCGCAGAGGCCUGUGGCUGGAGCUGGAGGUGGUGUACACAGGCUGCCUUCAGAUGACCCUGCAGACUAACAUGAACCUGUGUAAACUGGGUAAAGAUGGAGAAGACGAGUCUCCCAGCGUCCUAGAGACGCAGCAAAUGGGCUUUAAGCCCAGGCUGUAUGCUCUGGCUGACAGUGAUGAAGAAUCAUCCAGCCCAGGCUCGUCCGAUGAAGAGGAAGCCCCCCCAUUUGAGCACCAUGUGUUUCUAGGGGAGAAGAGCACAGUAGUAGCAGCUGACGGGCACUCUGGUAGCAGCACAAGUAGGAAGAUCUUGAGAUUUGUGGACAAGAUAGCAAAGUCCAAGUACUUCCAGAAAGCUACCGAAAACGAGUUCAUCAGGAAGAAGAUAGCUGAGGUGUCUAAUGUGCCUCUGAUACUCAGCGUCGAGGUCCUGGAGCUCUCUGGCACUCUGGCCGUCAACGUACCGCCUCCACCUACUGACAGGAUAUGGUACAGUUUCCGGGAGCCUCCCAGGUUAGAGCUUCAUGUGCGACCCGCGCUCGGGGAGAGGGAGGUCACCUUCACUCACGUCACUGAGUGGAUCGAGAGAAAACUGCAGUGUGAGUUCCAGAAAGUGCUUGUGAUGCCCAAUAUGGAUGACCUGUAUCUACCUCUGAUGACAUCCGGCCUGGAAAACCCACCCGUUUCCCAUCAAUCCUCUGUCCAUUCCUCAUCCCACCAGUCCUCCACCGAGUCCCAGGAGUACCUGUCAGAGUAGCGCCCCUUUGAGGCCACAGAUGAGACUAUGUCGAUGUAAAAUGAAAACCACUGUGCCGCUAUUGUUGCAUCUGGGUACAUCUGGGUACCGGCUCUGUGUUUAUCCUGAGCGUGUUGGUUGUAACCCGUGCAGGAGAAAUGCAUCUGAGCAGGGAAGCAACCUCGAAACUGUGAGACUUGUGCCCCUUACUGUAAAAUGAUUGAACUGGAAACCAAUUAGAACCCUUUUUUUAUUCAAUGCCAACGCUGAUGACAGAUGUAAAUACUGGAUGCGCGUCGAAAACAAGGUGCAUUUGAUGACUACUGUUAAAGAACGGCUAACAAACUGUCAAUCUCCAAUCAACUGAUCUUGUUGGAUUGUGAGGAACAUGGAGAUGAUACUGAUGGUCGAACUUCUAUGGUGCAUGUUGUUUCUGAACAAUGUAAAUAUAUCAUCAACGAAUAAAAAAAAUGUUGAAUCUGU